AUGCCUAAAGAAAUGAAGAAAGCAUUAUUCAUAUGUUUAGGAAAUAUUUGUCGCUCCCCAAUAGCGGAAGGUGUUUUCCAAAAGACUGUCAAUGAUAUGGGGAUGGGAGACAAAUGGGAGAUCGACAGUGCAGCCAUAGGCGGAUGGCAUGUAGGGAAUCCGCCAGAUUGGAGAGCGUUGGACACUAUGAAAAAACACAAUGUACCUUACAACAAUUGUGCUAGGCAGAUAACAUCAGAGGAUUUUAAUCAUUAUGAUUACAUAUUUGGAAUGGAUGAAUCUAACAUGAGAGACCUGAAAAAGAGGGCGCCACAAGGUAGCAAGGCAAAAUUACUGCUUUUUGGUGAUUUUGAUCCUCAAGGUGACAGAAUUAUUCGAGAUCCGUAUUAUAUGAUAGUACCGCUAGGAACCCUUAAGCAAGGUCUUAGGUAUCUGGUA